UCUCAUGCAUCUUAAAUUUUUUUAUUGAAAAAUAACAUGCAAGUUAUCCACCGACAGCUGGGUAACCAAACUUGCUUAAUGCUUACCCAUCAUCAAAGUUAUCAAUUAUUCUCACUUCAUUCCCUGCACUGCUAUAUAAACCACUUUUUCUUUUCUAUAUUUGCAUAACUCUAUGGAACCAAGUAUACCAUGUGAAAUGAAUCAUGGAAUAUCAAAUAUCCUUCAGCAGUGACUCUAAUAACCUCCAAAAAGAGUUUGCUACUACACGUAGUUUUUCUUCACAACACAGUCUAGCAUCAGUUCCUUCUUUGAACUCGAACUCAAACUCAAACUCACAAUUUCUUAACUCUUCCUUCACAUGCAUCACAACUCUCAAACUCCAUACUUACAUAUCCUCUUUAACCCUUGCAGGAAACUUCCUCUACACUGGUUCAUCCAGCAAAGAAAUCACAUCAUGGAAUAUAACUCAUUUUCAUUCUCACCCUCAAGAAUCAAUUAACACAAUAGUUUCUGGAAACGGUGCUGUGAAAUCAAUAGUAAUCCAUUCAGACAGGCUUUUCACAGCUCAUCAAGACAACAAAAUCCGCAUUUGGAAAAUCACAAUUACCAACGACGGCGAACUUCAACAACAACACAAGUUCACCCGCUUAGCCACGCUCCCUACAUUCACUAACCGUUUCACAUCAAUCUUGAAUCCCAAGAACCAUGUUAAGAUCCGAUUCCGAAGGCACAAAAAAUGCACAUGGAUACACCAUGUUGAUACAGUCUCUUCCCUUGCCUUAUCCAAAGACGGAACCUUGUUGUACUCAGUUUCAUGGGACAGAACAAUCAAGGUUUGGAAAACCAAAGACUUGACAUGUUUGGAAUCAGUGCAAACUGCACACGACGAUGCAAUAAACGCGAUCACAGUAUCUAACGAUGGAUAUGUUUACACUGGAUCAGCAGAUAAAAAAAUUAAGGUUUGGAAGAAAGAAAAAGGCGAUAAGAACCACUCGUUGAUAGAUACAUUAGAGAAACACAGGUCUGGUGUUAAUGCAUUGGCCCUUAACAGUGACGGUUCAGUUUUAUAUUCUGGUGCAUGUGAUAGAUCAAUAUUGGUAUAUAAGAGAGGUGAAAAUGGUAAUUUGGUAGUGAUGGGUGCGCUUCGUGGUCACACAAAGUCUAUAUUGUGUUUGGCAGUAGUUUCUGAUUUGGUUUGCAGUGGUUCUGAGGAUAAGACAAUACGAAUAUGGAGAAGCAAUAGUAAUAAUGUUGAUAGAGAGUAUUGUUGUUUGGGUGUUUUAGAAGGACAUAGAGGUCCAAUUAAGUGCCUAAUUGCUGUCUUUGAUCAGUUUGAUGAACAAUCAUCGGAAGCGACUUUCCUUAUCUAUAGUGGCAGUUUGGACUGUGAUGUUAAGGUUUGGAAGAUGUUUCUUCCUCUUCUAUGAAAUGUAUAUAUACCUAAUUUAAUGACAAUUUGGGUGUAUGUUUCGCCAUCACAUGGUGUAAGUUAAGCUUUCUAUAUAACUACUUUACUACUUUUUAACUUGAUCCGAUAUUCAUUUCUAUCGAUACAAGAAUGUUUUCCCCCUCGCCAUCUCAAAUUCUCACUCUAUUAGUUUGAACAUGCUUUCCAACAGCUUACUAAUGAUCUCCAUCUCAAAUUGU